AUGUCGACCAAAGGUGGACGUAACUCAUCAUGGAGUCGGCUAAAGCCCGUCAAGCAGGAUAUUUUCGAGGAGAUGGGCUUAAGAUCCAAGGGAGAUAAACAGCUCCUUGACUAUAAAACCCAGGAAAGUUUCUACAACAAGAUAGUCGAACGAUACUUGAUAUUCGCAGCCGAUGCUCGCAGAGGAGACGAACUAGACCGGAAACUUGCACGUCUGAAUAUUGCACAAGAUAAUGCGAAUCGCGAUGCUGCUCCAACAACACUAACAGUGCCGAACCCCGCAGACCUCAUCAAUGGCAAACCCGAUACAAACGAACUCGAUGCUAUAACAAUGGGAAUGAGGAAACUUCGAGAGGGAAUCGUGGCAUCAAAAAGAAUAGAUGAUUUCUCCAUUCAAGCAUAUAUAUUUUGCAUACGCCUGUCAAUAUUGCUGAAACAUUGGGAAUCGUAUCAUCCAGCAAUGCGCCAUCUACUUCAAGUAAUGCACCCAAAACAUCCACUAUCAAGCACCGAACUCCAGGAGUUUGCAGCAUACCAAGUGCUAGAUUUGGCUUGCAGGCAAUCGGACCUGGCAAAGGCAUACUCCAUCAGACUCGCACUUGGGUUGCGAGACCCUAAAGUCGACGAAGUUUUGAAAGCGAUUGCUCACGAUAAUUACUUUCUAUUCUGGAAGGUAAAGAGGGAGGUUGAUGGUUAUAAGGCAAAGAUCAUGGAAUUCGCGGGGGAGGAGAUGAAGCUGCAUGCUUUAAAGUCGAUUGGGAAAACGUACCUCAGUAUCGAAUUAGAUUCCCUGGAGCAACUUACCGAUUCUAGUUGGAGCGUUUUGACUGAGGCGUCAGAGUUGAUUCUGUUCAUGAUCAUGACUAUUGAUGAGCUAUGGUCAUUAUCAGCAUGA